CACAAGAUGAAAUUCAGGUGAAAUACCAAUUUCAAAGAUACUUAUCAGAUAUUCUAAGUGAAUUGCAUUGACCUUGCGUGUAUUUCUUUGGGACACAUUUUUUCAUUAGCAUUAUAAAUAUUAAAAUGUUUUUGCAACAAAAUAGGUUGUUGCUAGAUUGAUAAGGAAAUCUUCUGAAUAACCUGUAAUAGUGUAAUUUUGUGAUAAAGCUCUGCUGCCAAUACAGAAGUAUAACAUUAUGAUGUAUACAUACAGUUACUAAGCAACAAACAAAUCUUGCCAAUCUCUUCACCCAAGAUGGCCUAGAACAUAAAAAUUGUACACGUCUUUAUCCGGCGUGUCAUUAUUAUAAAGUAAUUUUUUAUCGACACCUCGCCGUAGUAUUGUUACAAAUUUUAUAACCCUGGUGAUUUUACUUAGAAUGGAGGUGAAAGUCGAUUUUUUAGGUACAGAGAGGUACGCUGUUUUUAUUUAGAUUUGGUCAAAUUGACAGUUCUAGUUCUCUAGUCGUUGAACUGAUAUCAUGGCGGGAAGAGGCUUUUCUGUCAAAAUAGAGCUUGACUUACAUGCGAUAACAUGUCCCGGCGUAUGGCUUUGCCCUAAUGGGAAAAUAGCUCUUCAAUUAAACAUGUUCAACAACUGCAUAGAAUCUCACCAAAUAACGCCGAUAUUCCCGUUACUAUUUCACAAUAAAUUCACGUUCAAAAAAGUUUUUACCGGAGUAACGACACUCGCCGACUUACAGCGCUCGUUGGAAGAAGAAUUUUUUUAUGCAGAACUAAUACAAUGGUCCAAGCCUAAUAGUCGAGGUGUUAUUUUAGCUACAUUCGAAACAAACCUCGUCGAUCUUUUAUAUCCAGCUCCGUGCUUCAAAGGCUUACUGGCUGGAGUUGAUGUCGACUUGUUAAUGGAGCCCACCAAGUACUUUCCAGGAAUAUUGGCUCCAAAAAUUGAAAUCUCAACACGUACCGUGAUCGAAGAGGUCAUAGGAAUUUGCGAUUCAACUGCUACAGGGGCCCAUGUCGUCAAUCCGAAGAUGAUAAACUCAAAGAAUGCACCGUGUUUUUGCCGGAAACCUCCAUCCAAAGGUAUCAUCAGACAACGCAAGGUUUGCCACAGUCAAGGAAGGCAUAGAUCUCAAAUAUGUCGAAAAGUUACUAGAAGAAAGAAUUCGGCUACGCGCUUGCUGUCUCCCUCUCACAGCGCGUGCACAAGAUGUUGCAGUCAAAAGACAAGCAGUCUUGAGAUUGAACGUGUGUAUUCACCAAGUGCCUCGAACAGACGCUCACAUUCCCAAUCAGACAGAUGCUACCAUGGGAUUAAAAAAGUACCAAAGUGUUCUUGCCCCUCGUCAUCCCCACAUAGAAAUACUGAAAUUGAUGCGAUACACAACGAUUCUCACGUCUUUGAAAGCUGCGCAGUUUGUUCAAAGUACAAGUGCUACUUUGCUUGCAACUGCGAAGGAAAGGGUGCAGGGUACGCUUGCAAGUGCAGAGGGCAUUCACCAAAGAUUCAUGGUGCUAAGAAUGACUCAGACUAUGUCGGACAUUCCUCGUUGCAAAAAACGUACAGUUCCUGUUUGUGCAGACCCAGCAGUGCACCAAGUCCACGCGAAGACCCAUCCACAUUGCUACUAAAAGCAAAAAUCAAACAACUACAGAAGGCUAAAGCAAAAUUGUCCCAUAUCUGCAACAACAGGGAGGAUGACACAUCUGAAUUGGAUCAAAGCUGCGACCAUAAUUAUGACAGAACUAGCGGCAGACAAGGUUUCUACAAAAAUCUGGAGAAAUUUUAUAAAAGAAUGUACAAGCAGGCUAGAAUGCGGGCAGAAGAAGUUGACCAAGUGUGAAGCAGAAUGAAAGCUGCACAUUGAAGGAUCGGGUAAAAUCC